AUGGAGCAACCCCACGUGCAAGAAGCAGUGGCUUCACGGGUGCAGGAGGGCCGAAAGGAGCUACUCCACAUUCUGAAGGUCUUAGACCUAAGAUUUCCUACAACUGAAUCAGCAUUCCUUCCUAUCAUAGAGGCUACAAAGCUGAAGCAUUUUGGUAAAAUAAACUCAAAGUCUACUUUAAAACUGUGUUUUGAUGGGAUAGAGAUUGAUAUUUUGUUUGCAAGAUUAGCACUGCAGACUAUUCCAGAAGACUUGGAUUUAAGAGAUGACAGUCUGCUUAAAAACUUAGAUAUAAGAUGUAUAAGAAGUCUUAACAGUUGCAGGGUAACCGAUGAAAUUUUACAUCUAGUACCAAACAUUGACAACUUCAGGUUAACCCUGAGAGCUAUCAAACUGUGGGCCAAACACCACAACAUCUAUUCCAAUAUAUUAGGUUUCCUCGGUGGUGUUUCCUGGGCUAUGCUAGUAGCAAGAACUUGCCAGCUUUAUCCAAAUGCAAUAGCAUCAACUCUUGUACAUAAAUUUUUCUUGGUAUUUUCUAAAUGGGAAUGGCCAAAUCCAGUCCUAUUGAAACAGCCUGAAGAAUGCAAUCUUAAUUUGCCUGUAUGGGACCCAAGGGUAAACCCCAGUGAUAGGUACCAUCUUAUGCCUAUAAUUACACCAGCAUACCCACAACAGAACUCCACGUACAAUGUGUCCGUUUCAACACGGAUGGUCAUGGUUGAGGAGUUUAAACAAGGUCUUGCUAUCACAGAUGAAAUUUUGCUGAGUAAGGCAGAGUGGUCCAAAUUUUUUGAAGCUCCAAACUUCUUUCAAAAGUACAAGUAUGUAUUUUAAGGCAUGUCGGACAUGUUGCUCUCUUAAGUAUUGGUUUUAAUGGUAGCAUAUGUGACAUCUCUUGCUAGACUAAUGUAGUUUGAAUUUUCCUUUAAACAUCUAUACAAGUUUUCUUCUUGUCACAAAGGGCAUACUGUUUCAGAAAACAUAUUAUUAUUUUGUCAAGGUAUAGUGUAGUCCCUACAGUUUUGCUGCUGAUGUAACCGAAUUUCUGCAUUUGUAGCAACAUCAGUUCUGAGGGUUUCCUAGUCAUCACCAAAACUCUGAAUCUGUAUACCUUGGCAAAGGAGUGAACUGUUAAAAUCUGUAGUUAAUAUUCUCUUCUAAGUAAUUAUUUUCAUCCAGUUCUGGAAG